UCAAAAUAAAGACUUUUUGAGGAUUUUUUUCAUCGGACUAGGGAAAUUUUAUUGGUUGAGAAAUUUAAUAUUAACUUGGAGAUGGGGUAAUUUAUUUUAAACCGAGGGGUAGAGGAUAGGGAAAAUCUAGGGGAUAGGGUGGGGAAUUUAAUAUGAUUAUGUAGAGGUUGGUUUGAGAGUUUUGGAGAGCUGGAAUUACUCUCGGUUUCUUCUCAGUUGAAGGGGUAGUUUUUAGAGUGUCGGCAGGAGGCGAUACCGAUCCCCUAUGUCCCCUAGUUUCUAAAUUUAAAUUGUGAAAUUUUUUAGAAUUUUUCUAGGGUGGAUUUAGCGAUUUGGAUAAAAAGGAUUUGAUGCAGUUGAGGUGGAGCAACCGAUUUUACCCUAUGGGCAAGGAUAGAGGGCGAUUGUAGGGGGAUGUGAAUAAAAUUCUAACCUCUACCCUAGAAUUAAAAAUGACUUUUCGUCGUAAUUAGGGGGCUGAUGACGUAAUAUUGAUCGUCUUUUUUAACUGAAUAUUAAAAUUUCCUGAUCUAUCAAAAGGGGUCAUUGGUACCCCUAAUUUUCCGUGUCACCGACACUGGUGAUUAACAAAUUCACGAAAAAUUAAUGAAUCUCCUCAAUUAUUGAAUCAUCGCUCACGAAUAAAAAUCCCCUGGAAGUGGUGUUUAUUCACUCCAAGCCGACGACUUUUUCCGGUAUUUUUAUCUGCACCACCCCCAAAAAAACAGAUGAAAAAAAAAAUACUAAAAACACCCCUGUUUUUCCUCGUUCAUCUUCUGUUCGUUUACUAGUGUACCUCGUGCAGGAAAUAGCCUGACCUUGACCUUUAACAGUAGCGCACGAUCUUGCGUUCGAGGUUGGGCCGGUUAGGAGGGUGGGUAGAGUGUUCUGAGGCUCACUCCCCUACUCUAUCGAUCCACCCUCAACCCCUCCACUCACCCCGUAGGCGCAUAUCCCGAGGUAUAACCUAUAUAUAGACUCGCUAUUAAUUUCUCUUUUUUUUUGUUUCGAACGUCAACAACUCGAGUUGAUCAAACCUGCAUGAGGAGGUACUGGGGGAUGGAAAAUGGCCCCAUCAGGCAUGUGGAUACCCACCCCUCUGAGUUAAAAAUGAAGACGAAUUUGAAAAACGACAGAUGUUAACCCAUUUCGUAACCCAAAAAUGAUAAGGAUUUUGAAGAAAAAAAAAAUGUUGAGAACAUAUUUGUGUAACUAAUGCACCGUAUAAACAUCCCCCUACACUUCCAGAAGGGGUACAUUUAGAUUACAAAUGGGGGAUGAAGGGUAGAUGCAUCAGUGAUAAAAAUAAAACCACUGAAAGUGCUUUCACCCUCUGCACAAUCGAGACGACGUAACUUCGGUGAAAAAGGGGAAUAAAAAAAAAUUUGGUGGCGUUACACCCCAAUAUUUUGGGGUAUCCACCCACCCCUGAAGCCAUCUUUUACGGAGGGAUAUGAGGGAUUCAACGGGGAUAACUUGGUAUUUAUUUUGAUGGGGUCUUUAUCGACAGAAUGAAGACGCUGAUGGUACCGUGAAGAGUAUGUGGAACACGAUUGGAAUUUCACGAGGACCGCAAGAGGAUAAUUCUAAUGCUGUCAUAUGCAGAAAAAAAUACCAAAAAAAUCGGAACGAAUAGGUCGGCCCUUCUUUGAGACUUUGAGAUGGAGCUUGAAAUUUUUACCGACAGAGGAAUCCGAAAUUUCACCACAUGAAGAAUAAUUUUAGGUAGAAGUACUCCCUCUAAUGGAGUUUCGUACAGAGCUUUAACUAGUUACUGAAACAUGCCAGUGGGAGUAUAAGAGCUUACAUCGAGAAUUCUACAAAGAUUUAAUCCCACGUACCUGGAGAGAUUUAAAGUGAUGUUUUAAACGAAUUAACGUUUAUUCACAAUUUCAAAGUACAAAUACGAAUAUAUUCCAGUGUGAAGGUGAUUGUGUAAACUCUAGAAGUUUAAAAUGCGUGGCCACCAAGUACAUCAGAAACAUUAAGAAUUCAUCAGUUGUUCAUGUGGUUGUGGAAGAAGGAGUGCCUCACGAUAUUUCUGAGCCAAUUUUGAGGAUUUUUGGAUCGUUCGUUUCACUCGUCGUUCAUCACCCAAAUCUUGUGACUCCCAUUGCUACCACCGCGAAGAUGACCCAGGUCUUUGCAAUCAUCAACAGCUUUCAUUGGAUUGAUCACUGGAAGCAGGUCCACCGCAGCUACUUGUCAUCAUCAACGCGAAUAGCUCUCUUGAUCACCAGAAAUUGCGUUGACUCCUCCGCCAAGAAAAUCAAAUCGGUUCUCCACAGCUUUUGGCAACACGAGCUCCUGAAUGUUGUGACCAUCACCCUCACCCGGAGUCUCCCACUGAUCCACACAUACAAUCCUUUUCAGAUGAGCGAUGACAAUGUUCCAGGUAAACUGUUGAAUGUGACCAAUAAAUUCUUUCCGGACAAAUUGAAGAAUCUGCACAAGCAUCCAGUUCGCGUCGCCUUCUACGAGAAUCCACCCUACGUCUACCCCAGGACGUACCCAGCGCCAAUGGACGGUGGUGACUAUGCCCUGAUGACCUUCCUCUCAGAGCGCCUGAACUUCACGAUGAAGUCUACCAUGAAGAAGUCGUCGUUCACCGAUGCCUUCUUCCAGUUGUCGAAUGCAAAAAGAACUGCCUCAAUCGCAGAUUUGCUCACAGAAGACGCUGAUAUCCUUGGAAACUCUUUCUACCUGGAGUCCAUCAAUGGACAAGAGCUGGAGAUUCUCUACCCAAGAUGGCGUACAGCUCUGGUGGUUAUUGUCCCAAGAACUCGUCCAAUUCGCGGAAUAUUGAACAUGUUUUCGUCCAUUGAUCUCACUGUGGUGAUCCUCUUCUCCAUCGUGAUGGUCCUCCUCACCGUGUACCUCCGCGUAGAGAAGGACACCCAUAUCUUCAUACACAUCUGGAGACUCCUGAUCUACCAGCACUUUGAUUUCAUUGGAACGCGAGCAUCGGAGAGGCUCUUCUGCAUGUCCUUCGUCAUUUGGUCGUUCUUCCUCGUGGAGUUUUACGAGGGACGAUUGGUGAAUGACCUCAGCUCAUCGUUCUACAACGACAUCAAGACACUUCGCGGAUUGGUUGAUAGUAAACUUCCGGUACUGCUGCCAUCCUGGCAAUGGACUGUCCUGAGUCACUCCAGCAUUCAAGAGCGAGUGGAGCUGGUGGAGCAGUUGCAGAUCGAGGGUAACUUUACCAAAUGUGCACAGAGGGCUGUUGAAGUGGGGGAUGCUGGGUGCACCAUGGACGCCAAUGCCGCUGAUUAUUUUAAAGAUCACAUUGCUAAGAACGCGUAUGAGGAGACAAACGAUGGUGCGGUAAAGGGACAGCUCCGUGUGAUGGAGGAGCCCCUCAUAAACUUCUGGCGACUGCACGCUACCCGAAAGACGUUCUUCCUCAAGGAUAAAAUUGAUUAUGUGAUUGCAAUAAUUCAGGAGGGGGGUUUAUUGAAGAAAUGGGAGAGUGAUGAGAAGGACAGGCAGUUUCGAGAGCAUUUGGAGGAGCAGAAGGAGUCCGUCGGAAUGGACAAAAUGGGAGCGGCUUUCCAGUUGUUGAUGUACGGUCAUUGUUUAGCAGCUGGUCAAUUAUUUAUUGAACUUGCAUGGCACGCUUUCAAGAAGAAUCAUCUGAAGGGAUGGGAUGACUCCGAAGAUGCCUUUGUUGGUUAAUCACGUGACCCUAAAACAACCAUUUUCCUCCGCAUAUUAUCAGCAUGAAGCAGAAAAAUGGGGCGCCCGGAAACUGACGACGGGAGAUCGUUCUGUAUUAAGUUGCAAUAUUAAUCGUUCCUUUGUGAUGAUGACAAACUUUAUUGUCCAUCACCCAGAGUCAUCUAGACGUCAUCAUCAGGUAAAGACUGCGGUAUUGCGUUCCCCAAGACGUUGACUGCAUUUGAAUUUUUUUGUCUACGUUUCCGUAAGUUAUGGUGUGAUAUAGGAUAUCUUUUUUAUAUUGAAUUAGCGUUUCCCCUGGGUAUCUAAUGGGGUCACUUUCUACCCCCUAUUCCCCCCCUUUCGGAAUGGUAAUUUCUAGGAUAUAAUAAAAUUCAUCCUGUGUCGUACGAUUACAUAAUUUCAACGAUAUCCACAGCAAACAAACUAUACGUUACGCGUCUUACAUCGAGUGAAUUCAGGCUUGUGCUCUAGGUGGAACAGUGAUAACGCAUUCAUUGGUAUUCCGCGAAACGAGGAGUCUCGCUACGUGUCCAACAGCGGAGGUGGCACAGACUGUCCAGCCUUCGGCGAAUGUAAUUACAGUGAUGGUCUCAAUUACCAAUCGGCAUUAGUAAUCGUAUUUGAUGGGCGGCGGGAGGGGAACGAAUAUACGAUCAAAUGCACUUUGUUGGUGUAUGAGAAUGUAUAAAGGAAUACGAAAAAUGGAGGUAUUUUAGUUGUUGAAAGGGUAUUUCAGGUCACGAGAAUUAAUAUUGAAAAAAAUUCCACUCCAUAUUGGCAUUCUUAUCGCAUCUGCAUUUUCCGGAGUAUUAGAAUGUAUUUCCAAUGCCCCAUGGGAAAUUAUUCUCAGCAUUGAAAUGACACUCGGAGAUAAGGUGUGGACUCUUCUAUGAUAGAUGAAUGUUACAAGAAUUUCAAUGAAAAAAUUAUUGAAAAUACUGUGACUGAUAAAUUCAGAUUUUUUUUCACCUCACAUUUCUCGGGCCCAUUGACUAGAGCCACAAUCUCCAAUAUAGAUUUUAAAGUCCGUCCGGCAAAGUCCUCACAAUAAAACUUAUCACUAGAUCCUCAUCAAACUUAACGCUAGCCGAUAGUAACACAUGAAAAUCAAUAAUUCCCUAACCAUUUCCCGAAUAACUAUUUCGAAAACUUCUAAUGCGAAUACGAAUGAAGGCAGAUGAUUGCGGCUAAUCUCACUGAAAAGUUCGGAAAAUAUGAGCUGAAAACGACUCCCAAGUCGACCCACUUAUCUCUUCAAGUACCUCAGCUACAUUCCAAAAGACAAACAUAACCUCGAAAAUUCAUUUCCUCUCAAAAGAGGUCGUCAUACUGAGUUUUCAGCGUCAACUUUUCCCGGCUGUCAGUUGCAUCCACACUCCAUCAUCAAUUCCAAAACUUGAAAAACCGCCAUUUUGAAUUCACACUCCUCCCCCUCCCCUCAACAACCGUUUUACCCUCGCGGAAAACUUGCGAUGAAACUAUCGCGAAGAAAGACCCGCCAAAGAUUUCCUGGGGCCUCGAAACUUUCCUACAUUAGAUCCUCUCCAAAGUUUCCGCUUCCUGAUCACCGAGCAACAGUUCUAGUCUAGAGUGUGACGGUGGAUGGGAUGAGAGGGGCAAUGGAAAAGAGGGUGGUACCACCCUACGUGUAAUACUAUCGUACAGACCACCUCCGUUCCACUUUACGUCGUAGCGAGCCAUCGCGCGGCAGACGCUUUGCAUAUGGAAAUUGUUCGUGACGUGAAGGUACGCUGGAGCAAGCUGAUUCUCGGCGCCCUGGGGGGCAUGAAUAAAAUAAUGUUGCUUUCGUCACAGAAACAUUAUCCCACCCUUUCAUGUCUCUAGCAACUUAUCGAACAAUGAGCUGUGUUUUUUUUUUUAUCACCCUCAACCACUACAAACUGAAUACAGAUUGAAGGGAAAAAAACGCAAGUGAAGACAUGCGUUUUUUUUCCAUCGCUUCGAUGAAUAACACGAGAACGAUAAUAGGGCGAAGGACAAAUAUGGUGACAUUCGUGCGAAAUUAGCCAUCAGAAACUCUCGACGAAGACUUGCCUUGGACUUUUAUUUGAAGCGGAAGAUUUCGUUCCGCAAUAACUUCCGCGAGUUUAACGACGUUUUGAAAUGAAACGCACGCGUUUCGAUUAAUAUUUUAAUUAAUGUUAUAAGAAUGAUGAUUGCUGGAGGGAUGAAAGUUACCUUUCAACCUCGUAAUUAAAAUCAUCAUUUUUCAACCAAUGGAGACCGCAAAGAGCUUUCGCGUUCCGCAACUUCCUAUGAAAAAGAAUUUCGAUAUUUAAAAAAAACGCAGGUGAAAACGUCCGCAUUCAUUCGGAAAAGUGAAGGUAAAAAAAUAUUUCGCUCUAUUAGUUCUCAUGAAACCCCUGAAAAGCUUUUUUCCGCAAUAUCCCCCUGCGUUUCCACAAUUUCCCCGAAUAUCACCGCCAGUCUGAUAUCUGAACAAAUAAAAAUGGCGGCAUUAGACGGGAAUAUUCGACCACCACUCGAAAUACUUUUUUCAUCGUCACCUCCUUCGAUAUCUCGCAAAUGUGCGCACAAAACCCUUCGAUUCUCUCCGUUCUCCGUCACAAAUCUCUCCGCCCAGCCAAUGCAAUUCGUCCAAUCAAUUUCCCGCCAAUUUUUCUGCAAUUCAAAUACCUAAUUCUCACCUCGAGCAUCGAAUUCCGCAUAACAAUGGCUGUAAUUACGAUCCGCUGUUCGAUCGACUCUCGCAUAAUGUCAAGAUUCGGAGCGGAUAAUUAAGAAAAAAAAGGGGUGGAGAGGCGAGGAGGGGGGGGGGGGGGGUGAAAAAUGUAGAACUGUAUGCGACCAGUGGCUGCACAACUGCCUUCAGCGAGUAACCGUUGGAUGAGAGAAGUCGGUCGAUAGAGCUCCCGGGAGGCUCGCUAUGCUCUCUUUUGCGGCACAUGCAACUGCCGCCCCCGCAAAUAGAGUUGAACAUGGGUAAAGAAUGAAUGCCACUACACACUAGAUUUUAAAUGCUUUUUUUUUUUCUCCUGUUCAUUUAUUUUAUCUACGGUGAUGAAAUCCAGGUGAGGAGUUGGUGACAGGGGCAGGGGAGGAGGCUUUGAUUUUUCAUUGGGAAAAAUUGAAUUCUGGGGGAUUUGGGUAAUUGUUGAGGCGUCAGGGGGUGGAUUAUCUUUAAUAGAAUGAAUUUCCAUGGUUGAAAUUUUGUAAGAGGUUGAAUUUAUCUUGAGGGUAAGAUGAGGGUCAAAAAUAAGGGGGCAGGAGGAGAAAUUUGAUUUUUCAUCCGGAAAAUUGAAUUCUGGGUGAAUUGGGUUAUUGUUCAAGCAUCAGGGGGAUGAAUUAUCUUUAACGGGAUAAAUUUCUGCAGUUAAAAUUUUAUGAGAAGUUGAAUUUAUCUGGAAGCUAAAUAUAAGGGUUAAAAAUAGGUCGAGAGGGGAGGAACUUGAUUUUUCAUCGUGAACUUUGAUUUUGGGACCGAUUGGUAGCGACUAUUUAGGGUUUUCGUGUGAUUGAAAAUCAUUUCAUUCAAAAAAAAAUUUGGCAAAUGGCAAUGUCAUUUUCCCUGUAAUUUAACCAGAAAUUUUUUGAUCCACUUGAUGAGAUGAUAUUUCACCGCUGAAUGUAGUGAAGAAAAAAGUUGAAGUGUAAAUUUUUUUAUUCAAGUUUUUCAACAGUUUCUUUUUUUUUUAUGGGCAUUUUAUUCUCUCCCUGAAAUCGUCAAUCAGUCAGGCCAUUCUGUCCGAGUUAUAUAUAGGGCACUUUCCAAUAGAGUUCGAUUAAUCAAAGUGCCUCAACUGGGGAAUCCUCACCCUCUCUCUCUCUCUCUUUCUUUCACUUGCCACCUCGUCAAUUUCCUCGUUCAACUCGGCGCUACUUCGCCCCCCUCCCCCUCCCGCCCGCCGACCCAUCCGAGGCUUGGGGGUUGGUAUUAUUUUUUAUUCCUUUCCCGAGGCUCUUCGUACCAUCGAUUCUCGUGUCCAGGUGCAAGCCUUUGAUCAUAUAUAAACGGCUUUCAGAGGGAAGAUUGCACGCUGAGUGACUUCACAAAUGUCCCAACAUCGAGACUCAAAUGAGAAUAAACUUCUUGUGCAGUCGGUGGAAAGAAUAAUACAAGAAAAAUUACCGUACCGGGACAAUAAAUUGUCUUUUCAGGGAAAUAUAUCGAAACGAGUCGACGCACAGAGAGAAAUAUUCAAGAAAAAUUAUAUAUCAUUUCCAUAAUUUUCGAGCGAAAUGCGAAAUUAUAGGAAAUUUUCGGAAAAAUCCGUAAUUUUUCCGAAAAUUCCGUGAUUUUUCCGAAAAUUCCAGAAUUUUUGGUUUCAUCGACUGUGAUAAAUUACGAUACAUCGAUUACGAUUUCGUAAUCGAUGAGCAAACUGCGAGUUCCUUAAUUUUUACGAAAUAGUUUUUGUCGUGGGAAGAAAAAUUAUCAUUGGGAUUAAUUGUAAAUUUAGUAAUUCAGUGAAACAAUUUCUUCAUUAAUUUCCCAUUGGGGUUGUACAUCAGCCAUUGAAUCGGAAAUUUAGGUUUGAAUCGCAGUGAAGAAUCUACCGAGCCUGACCUUUUCGACAGAUGCUAACACCGGCUAGUGGGGAACAGGAGGGGACCAGGAAUUUUCACCCACGCAAAUUAUUGCAGCGAAGGUCAGAGUUCACCGGGUCACGCUAGCCCCCGGGAAUUUUUCAAUCGUAAAUUUUGCAUGAAUUUCAUCGUAUCCUAAAUCCUUCAGCAAAUGAAAUAAUGAAAUACUACAGUAAUUUGUUAUUUCGCACGGAGAAAUAAAAAACGAUAAAACCUGGAUUCUAGUACAUCAAUGUUCAUAAAUAUUUAUAAUCCAAUGGAAAAAAAUGCUAAUGACAAAAAAAAAAUAAGCGACCGUCCCAUUUUACCCCAAACUCUGAGAGAGAAAUUGUAAAAAAAACUACAACCAUUUAAAAAACGUAUUUUAACCGAAUUUAGUUUUUGAAAACAAAAACAAUUUUUUUUCAGGAAAAAUAAACGAGAAAAAUUUUUAAAAACAGAAAUUUAGUUUUUAUUCGGUAACAGUAUUUGGCAAAAUCGUUAAAAAAAAUAUUUUGUUGCUUAACAAUGAAAGAAAAUGAGGUUAGAAAUUUUUAUUUGUUUAUUGAAAAAUGGUAUUGAAAGAAUUUCAAUUUUUUUCCAUUUGGGGGGGGGGGGGCAUUCUAUGAACUCCUCGACGAAUUGAUGGGGGUGACUGUCACCCCCUCAACGAUAAAAGCAACUUGUUACAUCUGUUGAUUCUAAUCCCGACAAACAUCUUGAAUAAACACAUCUGCGUGUACAUGCGCGCGCGGAAAGUAGGGGUGAUUCAAUGGGGCGGGGUGAAGGGCGACGGGAGAGGGGGGAUUAUGGCGUUAAGGGCGCAAGAGAGUACUCGAGAUGACAACCGAAAUGAAGAUGACAUAUGUGCACCUUAAGGGGAUAAUUAAUUGCUCAAUUAUAAUUUCAAGAAUUUUGAUGUUGAAUAAUUGAAGUGGAUAGUCGCAUGUGGGAGGAGCAAAGAUUUUGGGGGAGGGGAAAGUUUUUCAGAUCUUCAGAAGACUAUUUUUUUCACGACCUUCAGAAGAUACUUUUCCAGAUGUUAAAACUGGAACAAUUUUCUUACUGACCUUUGACUCGGAAUAUUCAUUGACAUUGGGAGGAAAGAUCUUACAGACAAACUGUCUUCUGAAGAUCUUCAAAAAAUAUAGUCUUGCGAAGAUCGCAUUAAAAGUCUUACGAAGAUCUUCGACAGAAGAUUGUCUUCCAAAGAACUUUAAAAAAUUAGCGUUCGAAGAUCCUCGAACCCUGGAAUUGACUUCCAGAGAUCUUCAAAAAAUCAUCAUCGCUCGAAGAUCUUCGAAUAAAAAUUAUCCUUCGAAUAUCGUCUAUCUAAAUUUCCUUACGAUCUUCGAAAAUCAUCAUCCGUAAAAUGUUUGAUUAUCUCCCCAAGACUUUACCCCCUGAAGAUCUUCCCAAAUCCCAAAAAAUCUCUUCAUAAAGUUUUUCCUGACAUCCGAAGUUUUUUCAAGGACAUUUCAAAGACACAGAUUCAUCCACUCGAGAAUGCAUCGACUCCACCGAUUAACCAAUUAAUCAUUCAAUCUUCAAUAUCAUUAAUGGCGCCAGAUGAUCAGUCGAAUGUCUCAUCUGCGAUUGGAUUCAUAAAUUAAUGAUUCCAUUGCAAGCUCAACUUUAAAUUACCCCGUCAGAUGUCAGAUUAUCGACCAGAAUUAAGUAAGAUUCAAUAACUCGUUAAUCAAUGAACCCGACAGAACAAAUUUCACGUGAAAGUCUAAGGUGAAUCGAUUAUCAACGAUGGCGGGCUAUAAACUAUUAUAAUUUUACCUCAAAUGGAUAUGAACGUGCUAUAUUGCCACGGGAGAUUACAUAACGUCCCGAGCGAGUUCAAUCGAUCGGUGAACUAAUGGCUAGAGAUGUUAGGUACAUAGGUGAAUUGGUGGGGUGAGGGGGUGAGGGGGGGGGGGAGUGGAACGAUCCAUGGCACAAACCGUUGCCUACACUACCGGAAUAUGUUACUCGACUAGUCUGGCGUUAUUGCAAUCGCGUGCAAUGUCAAAGUGCAAAUGUCGUUGGAGAAAUUGGAGGACAAUAUUUUUCAAAAAAAAAAAAUAAAAAAUUCAAUUACAGGAAGGGUAAUAUUGAAUAAAGAGUACCAGUGUAUACCAAAGAGGGGUUAGUUGACAAUUUUAGUAAAUCAAACUAUACGUAAUGUUUUAUUAGUUGAAAAUUUGCAGGUGGUAUUGAUAAAAAAUUUAACAAAUUUAUGUGUUAAUACUUGAAAGACUAAUUUAUUAAUGUAAAUUAAAUUAGGGUAUAAGAGAAUAAUGUAAAGUAGCGAAUGUAAUGUGAAUGACAGUGUAAAGGAAUCAUUGUAUGGGGUAUAUUGUUUAAACUAAAAAAAAUGUAGGGGAAAAGAAAGGUACAAAUGUAAAUCGUAAAGGUAAUAAUUAUUUCUGUUAAAAUACUAAAACGUUUCGUUUGCAGGAAAAAAAAAUAUCGAAAUAAUUUGACUGAUAAAUUUAUAUGUUGCUUAUAUAUGUUGCUUGUACAUAAAUGCUGCUUG